UAUUAAAAUUAUUUUUUAUUAAAUAUGUAACUUGUGUGAUAAUAUUUUAGAGUUCAUUGAUAAAACGUAUCUUAAUUUAGAAUACAAUUUAUUCUUGAAAAUAAUUUGCGACAACUUCAUGUAUGACACUUUGGUGAUUUUACUAGUGUUUUUGUUGUGUUUUGUUGAUGCACGUUGCGGUUGAGGUUAAGUGCUCAUUGUUUUCAAACUCAAGUGCAGUAUUAAAACUCCGCUAGACAAAAAUGCUGCGUCGACAAGCGCGACUCCGACGCGAAUACCUUUACCGGAAAACCGUCGAGGACCGACAGAAUUCGAUUCAGGACAAAAAGAAUCGAGUAAAGAAGAGUCUGGACAAAAACGUACCGAUACACGGCGACUUACAAAAGAAAGCUUUACACUACUCGAAGAAAUUGGAAUGGGAAGAUGCCGGUCCCGAGGCGGCGGUUAAUUUGGGGGGCGAAAGUGGCGGUGCUUUCGCCAACUCGCAGGACGACGAGUACAGAUAUGCCGGGGUGGAGGAUCCGAAAAUUGUGAUAACCACAUCCAGAGAUCCCAGUUCAAAACUUAAGCAGUUUGUGAAGGAGCUGAGACUAAUUUUUCCCAACGCACAGCGAAUGAAUCGCGGUAAUUACGAGAUGAAGCAGCUCAUUCAUGCGUGCAGGGCGAAUGAUGUGACUGAUUUUAUUGUGGUGCAUGAGCACAGAGGUGUGCCAGACAGUUUGGUGGUGUGUCACUUGCCAUAUGGGCCCACAGCAUAUUUUACAAUGACUGAUGUGGUUAUGAGACAUGACAUUCCUGAUAUUACCACAAUGUCAGAACAGUACCCUCAUUUGAUUUUCCACAAUUUUAAGACAAAGUUAGGGGAACGAACAAUGAGUAUAUUGAAGUAUUUAUUCCCUGUACCUAAGGAAGACUCAAAAAGGAUAAUUACAUUUGCCAAUCAUGAUGACUAUAUUAGUUUUAGACACCACAAUUAUAAAACAGUUGACAGACAGAUUGAAUUAAGUGAAGUUGGACCUAGAUUUCAAUUAAGGUUGUACGAGAUUAAGCUGGGUACUUUGGACACAGCAGAUUCAGCUGAUACAGAAUGGGCCUUAAGACCAUACAUGAAUACUACUGUCAAAAGAAGGUUUUUAAGUGAUGAUGAUGGUUGGAAACAAGAUGAUGAUGUCAUGCAAGAUUAAAAUUAAUGAAAAUUUUCUUUAUAUAAGUUUCCACAGUUAUGUGAAAUUGUUAAAACAUUGUUAUAAAGUGAUCUGUAUUUUUACAAUAAACUUUUAAUUAAAA